AUGCCUUCGGUCGACGUUGCCAUGGUCCGAAGCCUUCGCGGCGGGUUGUGGGAGACCGUGGUGGACACUGUUGCGAGGAGCCUUGCUGCCCAGGUCGUGAAGCGAGAUAUCGUGGCCGAUGGCGAGAACAAAGUCUCAGAAAUUAAGCAAGCCUUUUCCAGCUGGGAUGCUUGCAUGGCCCACGUAUAUUGCAAGUGGCCUGCUAUUGCGCUUAUGAUUAUCGGCGGCCUUAUCCUUCUCAGUAUUGUCAUUUGUAUUGUCCGGUGCACCUGCUUGGGUAUGUCCUGUUGCUGCAGCUGCUGCUACUGCCUCAAGUGCUGCGGCAACUGCUGUGGCUGCUGCGACACCCCCGGUGGAAAGCCCCACAAACACCUCGAUGAACCAUACAAUCCCCAGCAAUCUGGAUACGGAGGAUAUCGUCAGGAGGCACCCAUGGCAGCUCACAUGCCAGCGCCCACGACAGUGCCAGCCUUCGCACCGCAAGCUUCUCACGGACCUCCACAAUACGCCGAGUUUGACGUCUCUAAGCAUGAUGCUGAUGCCCUCCCCGCCAUGCCAAGCUGGGAAACGGCCAACUCAAAGAAAAUUGUGCUUGAAGAGGAGGUCGAAAUGGAUGAUUUGCCGCCCAAGAAAGAGCCUCUUCCUCAGCAGAAUCAGAAUAUGAACAGCCCCAGGUACGGAGGACCUCAGCAACGAGGACCACAACAACAGAGGCCAAUGGGCCGAAAUGACCCAUACGGCCGGCAACAGACCAACUCGCCUGGCCAAUAUGGCCAGCCUGCUAGCCCAUAUGGCGGACACGACCAAGGUUAUGCCGCCCACGACCAGGGUUACGCUGCCCACGACCAAGGCUACGGUGCUCGAAACCAAGGAUAUGCCGCUCAUGAUCAAGGUUAUGGUGCCCAUGAUCAAGGCUAUGGCGCUCAUGAUCAAGGCCAUGUCGCCCACGAUCAGGGUUAUGGUGCUCAUGAUCAGGGUUACAACGGACACGACCAAGGUUACAACGCACACAAUCAAGCCUAUGGAGCACAUGAGCAAAACUACGGAGGACACGACCAAGGGUACAACGGACAUGGGCAGAACUAUGGCGCGCACGAGCAAAACUACAAUGGGCAUGAGCAAGGCUAUGACAACCACGUGGCGGAUGGGUAUGGUGCCAACCAGCCCUACGAUCAUGCUGCCCCUGCCGCAAGCAUGAGAAUGAGCCCUGGCCACCAAUCGCCCAUUUCCAAUCAGAAUGGAUUCGGCAUUCCACGACAGAUGACGCCAGGCCCGGCACAGAUGCCGACUGCCCCUCAUGAGCUUGACGGGCACUCCUCACCAGAUCACUAUGGCGCAGAUCCGAACAUGCGAAAGUCUCCUGGCCCCGGCCUGAACCAAAGACACUCCCCAGGCCCCCAGAGCGACUUUGGCAUCGCCCCGCAAAACAAGCCGGUCCCUUACAGGACGUAUACUCCGGCGCCGCAGAAGGCUGUGCAGGAUGCUCCCGCGGCUCCCAUCACCAACAACGGGGGAUUCGACUUUAGCUCAGGCUAUUCCCGUCCUCAGACGCGAGAGGGGCCAAACUACGAUCGCCGCCCCAGCGAAUCUCACGAGCGUGAGGAUCACGAGGGAUACCCCGGCUACAAGCCCUACAGCCCGUCCCCACAGAACUGGACCGGUGUCUAAAGAGCUUCUGACGAAUGAUCGACUAUUCAUGUUUAAUCCCGUUCUAUCUGCAUGACAUGUAUGUUGGUGUAUCAUAUAUUCUGAGGACAUUUUUGCGUGGCGUUUUUAAAAAGGCGAAUUAGUAGCCAGUUAGAGGUCCAGUGGUGUUUUUCUUUUUUUACAAGGCAAAACCUAGUGUUUCGGUGCUUGGAUCAUUGCUCACAUUAUGACGAUAUUGUUUGGAUAUGCUCGCUUGGUUUGUUUCUUUUUACGAUUCUUUGACGGGCAUUGUUUGCCUUGACCCUUUUGAAGAUAUGGAUGAGCAUGGCUUGGGGCUUUUGGAUGUAUGACACAAGGUGAUUGAAGUUUUAACGUAACUAUGAUGAAGAAGCUAUUUACACGG